AUGGCGUCGGCAGCAUCUGUCAGCGAGUCCAUGCAAAUGUCCAUCAUUCUACACGGCCAGCAAGACUUCAACCCUGGCCACCAGACACCACUAGUGGCCCGGGCGCCACAGAAGGGUGUGGGCUAUUGCAAGCAGGUGUUGCUGGUGAUGACUGUGUGUGGGAUGGAGAUGUGUAUGACGUUUGAGCAGAUCUACCAGGUUCUCAUUCUACAGUACCUUGGGGUGCCGUUGUCUUUGGUCAGCCUGAACGGGAUCAUCUGUGGAUUGUCCAGCAUGGCCAUUAUUCCCAUCAUUGGGUUUAUGACAGACAGAGGCUCGAAUCCAAAGAGACGUAAGAUGAUUUCCCUGUUCGUGGGAAUGGUCUCCUUCCAGGCAGGCAUCAUCAUUCUUCUCGUGUCUGGUCUACUGAAGAUGUCGCUGCUGAGGGAAGCUCUUCAUAGCGUGGAGGCAGAAACAUCUCUGUCCACUCCAGGCGUUCCAAUGGCACUUGAUGUUGGCGACGAGUAUAAUGUGAGUGGCCACCCUGCUCCCUUCAUUGACUGGAGCCAUACAAAUGAGACCAAGACACUGAAAGAUUCUGAUACCAACAAAGACAACGGGCUGCCCACAACGGCGUACCUGGCGAUCUGUGGCUUUGCCUUUGUGGACAUUGGCUACGACUCGACCAUGCCCUUAAGUCGGGCCUACAUCCUGGAGAGUGUGCCCAUGUUUCAGCACGUCAAACUGCUGGUGAUGGCUACACUUGUCCAAGCCGCCUCAGGAACUCUGUUCUCUUUGCUGGGUGUCGUGGACCUCUCUGACGCUCUUGGCCAAGCCUUCCACGUGGAUGGAACAUCAGCCGUGCUUAUCUUCCUUUGCACACUUCUUUUUAUUGCCGUCACCGGUGGGUUCAUGUCUACAACGUUGACCGGAUAUUUCUUGACCAAAAAGGCCACUCAGAUGAGGCUGGAAACGGCUCAGGUAGACUCCGCAAGGAGAACAACUUCGGAACUACCUGGGCGAAGGCGUCUUAUCUCUUACAAGCCCCACAUUCUUAACACAGACUCAGCAGAUGCCUUGAAGUCACCACUCCUGCAUUCUGACAAGCCUGUAAGCACCUACGCCACGUUAAAUAAAAUGUCCUCGUCUGCACACUCUCUUGUCAGCCUUGACGAUGACCUGAAGCCCAGAAGAGUGACUGACUCCCAUAAGCUAUACCGAAGUGUUUCUGUAGACAGCAAACCUUGGGGAGAAACACGACACCCUUCACAUUCUACAGCUGUGCCAGAGCUGGAUGAGUCCAACAUGCAAGAUGACAGUUGUGUGCUCUCUCGUGAAUCCCAGAAAUCAAAUCCAAUUAGUGAAGCUGCUAACCUGACUACUGAAAUUCCCGCAAAAGAACUUCACCCGAAUAGGGACGACGGGAAAGCAAGGAUGAAGAAGAAGCUGAUUAUUUUAUCCGCGUCGACUUUUUUCACUUUUGGAGCUUCCAUAUCAUUCCUGUAUUACGCCGCCAAUGCGGUGACGUUGGGCAUCUAUCACGGGGAUCCUGGAGCCUUGCAGGGGUCAGAGGGGAAACAUCUUUACGACAAGGGUCUUCAGACGGCAGCUUUAGGAAACUUGUCGUUUUACAUUCUCUUUACGAUAACUAGCAUAGUCAACAGCCGGUUGAUUGAGUUUGCGGGUGAGAAAUUGCUCUUUGUCAUCUUUCACCUGGUGUUCAUCAUUCCGCUGAUAGCUUUCAUGUCCACGCGAUGCCUAGAAGCCUACUUCGUGACAAUCGUCAUGGUGGGCAUCUUCCGGCACACCGUCUACACCCUGCCCUUCGUCAUGGUGAACAAGAUCACACAGAAUUCCGUUAUUUUCCAGGACGCUGGGGAGAACAAAACAUCGGAUCCUGGCAAGUCAAACUUAGGCAAGACAAUGUCACUGAUUGGCUUCCUAAUUCCGGCACACUACAUCAUCAUCUCCGCCAUCAUGGGCCCGGUGUUUGAAGCCACUGGCGAUGUCUGGGUGCCGUUGAUGUACAGUCUAGGGUGUGCUUGUCUGUCUGUUCUCAUUUUCUGUCUGAUGUUUUUUGUAAAGUAA